AUGCUAAAAAAUGUAAUCUAAGUUCUUUAAAAAUUCUUUGUGUUAAUAUCUAGUGUUCCUUAUAUAAAUAAUAUCUCAAACAUCUAUAUAAAUAUUAUAAGUCCUCCAAUAAAAUAACCUUAAAUGUCUUCAAAUUAUUCAAUGACAAAAUUCAGAAAUCCCACCUUCAUUAAACAAUUUAUUAGACUAAUUAUACUUUUCCCUGGUAUUUUAGCCUUUAUUAUACACAAUAUUUAUAGAAGCAAAAAGCAAAAUCCAAAAAUAUGAAAAUGUGAAAUUUAUAUUCUAACUGAAGGUCUAGCAAAUAACACCAAAGUGUAAAUCCAUGAAGAUGAAUUCUGAUAAUAUAUGUAAGAAAUAUUCAAUAGGGAUGCAUGUAUAAGAAGUAAGUUAACUAAAUUAUCGGGUAAUGUAAGGGCAGAAUCAUCAUAUUCCAUGUAUUUUGCUAAAAUUUUGGACAUUAUAUGACUAAUAUUAGGCAUUGAAAACUAAAUAUCUGAAAGAAAAAUUAUGA